ACCGCAGACUCUUCUCUUUUUUCUCUCUCUCUCUAACACCUAACCCAUGUAGCUAGCUGACUCCAUUGAAAGCUGCGUGAAACGAUAAUCCCUCGUUGUUUCGGCAAUUUUCACAAAUGGAAGGGGGGUGGACAGGACUGAGCUAUAAUGCUAUGGAAUUCUUCAAUAGCUCCGCGCUGAUGGAGGCCUUCGUCGACAUCUUCGUCUGCGCGGUUCCGAUUUGGCUGGCGGUCAUGAUCGGCUUGUUGAUCGGCUGGUCCUGGCGCCCGAGAUGGUCCGGAUUGCUCUUCCUCGGCCUCCGAUCCAAACUCCGCUACGUUUGGACCCUGCCGCCGGGCCUCGGCGCGCGCCGCUUCUGGCUCGCCUUCACGGCGCUCUCCGCCUUCUCGCUUUGCCGCGGCCUCUGGUUUAGAUCCCGUGGAAUGACGCGGAAGGUGGAGAAGGAGGCGGCGUCGAAUUUGCCUCCGACGCCGGCCGCCUCUGCUCAGGAGUCGGUUGAUAAUGGUAGCUGCCGCGAUAUUAGCAGCUCUCUGACUGGAGCUCUUGAGGGAGAAUCCAAUGUUGUCACAGAAAAAGACUUGGAACACCUGUUAAAGCUUCUUAAUGUUAAAGAUGGAGACAUGGCGUGGCAAAGCAUGAUGGAGCGCUCCCCAACAAACAUGCAUUACCAAGCUUGGCGUCAUGAGCCUACGAAUGGCCCAACAGUUUACCGAAGCAAAACCAUCUUUGAGGAUGCAACUCCGGAGCUUGUCAGAGAUUUUUUCUGGGAUGACGAGUUUCGGCCUAACUGGGAUCCUAUGCUUGUAUAUGUCAAUAUACUGGAAGAAUGCCCCGAGAGAGGGAUGAUGAUAAUGCACUGGAUUAAGAAGUUCCCUUUCUUCUGUAGUGAUCGUGAAUAUAUCAUUGGUAGGAGAAUAUGGGAACAAGGAAACGCAUAUUAUUGUGUGACAAAGGGAGUACCAUAUGCAGCUUUGCCAAGGCUUGACAAACCAAGGCGUGUUGAUCUCUAUUUUUCGAGCUGGGUUAUCAAGCCUGUUCAAUCGCGUAAAGAUGGCCAGACAUCAGCAUGCGAGGUCAAUCUCGUUCACUAUGAAGACAUGGGGAUCCCAAAAGACGUUGCUAAGCUAGGUGUUCGUCACGGGAUGUGGGGAACUGUGAAGAAGCUACAUGCUGGCUUUAGAGCAUAUCAGAGUGCUAGAAAGCAAGAGUCAUCAUCACUAACCAGGUGUGCUAUCAUGGCAAGAACUACCACAAAAAUCUCGUGCAACGAAGGAGCUGAUCCUAAGGAGCAAGAACCCGAUGAACGAGAGCAAAGUGAGUUGGCAGGAGUGAACAGGCAGAGAGGUGGCUGUGGAAUCGAUUGGAGGUGGGUAGCGAUAGGGGGAAUGGUGGCUGUUGUUUGCGGGCUACAAACCGGUGUGUUCGGGAGAGCGAUGGUAAUUGGGGGAGCAGGGCAUAGGAUUGCCGCGAGACGAGGUAAUAGGAGGCGAUAGAUGUAUGAAAAAGAGGCUUUAAGAAACAAGUAAUGCAACUAUGAGAGGGUAUUCUAUCUUGUUACACAUUUGAUUAUUGCUCUAGUUUUGGAUGUUUCA